AUGGGCACGCUGACCCUGAAGAUACAACCCCCAGCACCAUCAUAUUCCUCACACCCACACGAACUCCCAGACCCCUUCUUGGUUACUGUCGACUCACUCACGACCGUCAAACACCUCAAGCAGGUCGUCCUUCAGUACCUUGCCCGCUCCCCUAUUCUUGCUCUCCCCUUUACUCUUCCACCUGCAACUGACCUCGGACUGGUCUUUGACGGACACAUCCUCAACGACACCGACACGCUUGACAAAGUCUUUGAAAAGGUGGACUGUGCAACCUCCUUGCCCCAUAUCCAUCUCAUCGUGCCAUUAUCAGGAUCGAAAGGCAUUUUAGAAGUCAAUGAGCCUUGCUCGCCUGCUCCCUUGCAUUUCAACGACCAGUUUACUUCCCCAGCUCCAGUCUCAACCUACUGUUCGCACGAAUUGACUUCGCCGUCACGGCAGCGAACAACUACUACUACUUCGACCCCUGCAGAAGAGAGCGGCACACCUACGCCAGUCUUGGCGCCAUUCCAGUACCAAUACGUUCUCGUAAAUGGAAUGCCGUACUUGGCGCCCUCCUACUACAUACCUCAUCUUCACAUGCAACAGUUUGCUAUCUCAGGACACCCAGCAGCAAUUCCGCCUUCAGAGCUCGGAUUUAAUUCACCCGUGAAUGGGCUCCAUCAACAAAAUCAGCCACAACCACAGCGGGAAGCAGGAGCAGCUGUCGCACUGGAGGGAAACGCUCAGGAUCAAGCCGCCAGGGGUCAGCGCCGAGCUGCUUCGUUGUGGCUUCUCCUCAAGCUGGCCUUUGGUGUCUACCUUUUUAGCCAGAACGGAAGCAUCGAGCGCAUAGUGCUCCUACACAUCGCUGCCCUCAUCAUCUUUUUGCACCAGACUGGCCGACUUCGUAUUGUCCGCAGAGUGCCGCGUCCACCGCAAGAAGCUCCUCGAGACCCAGGUGUGAACGCAGCAGGAGUAGCAGAGCAGCCUCCCGCUUCACUGACAAACCAACCCACCACACCUGCGCAGGCCAGUUCAACUCCCGCGACAACUUCAAAUGCGUGCGAUGCCUCCAACACAGCAUCAUCUAGCGUCUCCAGCAAAGAAAUUGACCAUUCCAAGAAUGACGAUGACUCGCAAGUGUCAGAUGAGAUGAACCGAUCGGCUAAACUCGACCCUGCUCCAACUGUAUCACUUGGACAGGACACAGCGACCACGGCAAGCGCCAUGGAAACUACGGACUCGCAGAACACAUGCACCGCCGCUGAGCAGAUAGGCUCGACCGCCGCUAUUACGCCUCCUGCAGCUGCUGCAGCUGCUGCUCUUCCUGAAGAACAAAGGGUUUCGACGUGGCGGUAUGUUGAACAUGGGAUCUUGACGUUUAUCGCGUCGCUGAUUCCAGCACCUCCUCCAGAGAAUGAACAGCAGGAUGCCAACGCCGUCGCUGCCGCAGAGCGCGCACUUUGA